UUACGAGCAUUGUUAUCUGCCGGCGGCCCUAGUCGCCCACUCCGCGGCGUAGUUUGCUCAGUGUUUCUCUACCUGCGCCCGCCGCGCGUGCCCCAUCCUCGCCCGCUGCGUACGCCGACGCUUCGCCGCCAUGUUGACGCUGCUGCUGGCGGCGGGCGCGCUGCUCGCGCUGUAUCUGUUCGGCAAGCGUAACUUCUCGUACUGGCGGCGGCGCGGCGUGGCGCACGACCCGCCGCUGGCCUUCUUCGGCAACAACGCGCGCAACUACUUCAUGCGCAGGAGCAUCACCGAGCUGGCCGUGGAGCUGUACCGGCGCUACCCGACCGAGCGCGUCGUGGGCUUCUACCGCGCCAACCGCCCCGAGCUGCUGCUGCGCGACCCCGCGCUCGCGCGCCGCGUGCUCGCCACCGACUUCGCACACUUCCACCGGCGGGGCAUGACGCCGCAGCACCGCCCGCCCGAGCCGCUGCUGCGCAACCUGUUCUUCGCGGACGGCGACCUGUGGCGGCUGCUGCGCCAGCACAUGACGCCCACCUUCACCAGCGGCAAGCUGAAGGCGAUGUUCCCGCUCGUCGUGGAGCGCGCCGAGAAGCUGCAGGCGCGCGCGCUGGCGGCGGCCGGCGGCGAGACCGAUGCGCGGGACCUCAUGGCGCGCUACACGACCGACUUCAUCGGCGCCUGCGGGUUCGGCCUCGACACCGACGCGCUGAGCGACGACGACUCGGCCUUCCGCCGCCUCGGCGCGCGCAUCUUCCGCGUCGGCCUCUUCGAGAUACUCGUGCUGGUGCUGCGCGACCUGUUCCCGGCGCUGUUCGGCGGCCUCAGGGUGCUGUGGCCCAUCGAGAAGGACUUCCGGCGCCUCGUCGACGACGUGCUGCGGCGGCGCGCCGGCGAGCCGUCCGGCCGGCACGACUUCAUCGACCAGCUGCUCGAGUGCCGCAAGAAGGGGCUCGUGGAAAUCGAUUCCAUCGAGCGGCCGCCGGAGCGCGUGCGCCUGGAGCUCGACGACGAGAUCGUGGCGGCGCAGGUGUUCGUGUUCUUCGUGGCCGGCUUCGAGACGUCGUCCUCGGCGACCAGCAUGACGCUGCAUCUGCUGGCGCACCACCCCGCCGCGCAGCGCCGCGCGCAGGCCGAGGUGGACGCGGUGCUGGCGCGCCACGGCGGCCGCCUCAGCUACGACGCCGUCAAGGAGAUGACGUACCUGGAGUGGACGCUCAUGGAGGGCAUGCGCCUGUUCCCGUCGCUCGGCUUCCUCAUGCGCGAGUGCGCGCGCGCGUACACGUUCGAGGAGCUGGGGCUGACGGUGGACGCGGGCGUGCGCGUGAUGGUGCCGCUGCAGGCGCUGCACACCGACCCGCAGUACUGGGAGCAGCCCGACGAGUUCCGGCCGGAGCGGCACGAGCCGGCGCGGCAGGGCCCGCACUACAAGCUGGCGUUCCUGCCGUUCGGCGGCGGGCCGCGCGCCUGCAUCGGCGAGCGGCUGGGGCUCAUGCAGUCGCUGGCGGGGCUGGCGGCCGUGCUGGCGCGCUGCACCGUGCGGCCGGCGCCGGGCGCCCCCCGUCACCCGCGCGUCGACCCCCUGUCGGGCGUGGUGCAGGGCGUGCGCGGCGGCCUGCCUCUGCUGUUCGAGGAGCGAACGCCGGCCGCCAGUUAAUGGUUCGUUGGUGUAACUAUUCAUUCGCAGUGAAGCCGUUCGGAGGGACGUUGUGAACUCUGUUUUCGUUUGUAUAGUAUUGAAACUUGAUAUUAUCAGGUUUUAAUGAAUUAUGUAGCAAGUAAUUCUUUUGGACGUUUUAAAGCGGAUUUGAUUUUUUUUUUCAAAUAAAUUGGACCUGUAGCCAUAUGGCACGAUGAUUUUUGCAGCGUUUGCGAUAGUAGUAAGAGAUCGAUGUGCCACAUCACUACAGGUAUUAAAAUCUCUUCUGAUAUAAUUGUAAAGAUUUUUUUACCAAUAUUCAAUUAUUUAAAAAAAAAACAACCGACUUCAAAACAUUAACGUACCCACGAAACUAAAUAGGGAAAUAUAACAUUAUAAUAUUUUCUACCUAUUGAUCACUUUGGAGGAGGUGCUAAGCCAGUGAUCUUUUAAUUCAAGGCGAUUUUUCAGUAACGACUAAAAUCAACAACACACGCGCUUGGCACCGACUUCAAAGUGAUCAAUAGGUAGAAAAACGUCAUCUAGUCCUUUCAACAAUAAAUAAAGUUCCAUUUACAA